CGUGUGUCAUUUGUGGAAAGCACAAUUUUUCAGUUAAUUAAAAGCCAUAGCAAAUAACUGUUCCAAAUUUGACGUAGGUUGUAGAUGUUCAAGUAUAAAAAAUAUAAAAAAAUAUAAAAAUAGAUUAAUUAACCCGCGCGAUAUCGCGAUCUUUACCACGACUGCAAUCGACGCACAGAUGUAUGUAGCCAUCAACUUGUGGUUGGAUGUGGUCAAUUUCGAUUAUGACAUUUAGGUUGUCAUCGCGUAAAAUCUGCCUUGAUCCGUCUGCCUUUUGGUUACAGAAAAAAUAUUUAAAAGGAUAAAAGAAUGUUUUGUGCGUAUUCACAUUUGGGAAGCGUGGGUCGAAAACCUACACAUAAUCGUUACAUACCCAGGACGAGGCCUACUGGUGAAAGGAAUAGGCCCGUAGAAGCAACAUCAUACCAAUUCGAUGUUCUAAGGGAUUUGUCGCAAAUUAUAAGCAAGUCUCCCCGCAAUGUGAGACGUAUUAUUGAACAUAACGCAAGUUCCCGGGCUUUCUUCAACCCGCAACGUAUAAACGAUGUUCUAUCCAGAACAAAAGCCACAAUUACCGCAAAUGGUAUAAGUGUAAGCUUGGAUGUCGGCUUACCGAUGCGAAGGCGUGCCAAACACUUAAUUGAUAUCACUUUCAGUGGCGGGGGUCUGACGAAAUCAAAUUUACUUGCCCCGCUAAUUGGACAUCAAAUUGAGUUUGCGCGACACUUCAAAACUGAUCGUUCGAUAGAUGCCGAAAUGAAGAGAAAUCCUACAAUAUUCUCUAGGCUAAAGACUGCUUUCGGUGGGAAUGCACACAAAAUAGAAGCUGAAUUGUCUCAUGCACAAGCGGACACCUUAAAAAAAUUGAUUCAGAAAGGUGGAGAACAGGGACCAAACAAAAAUGAGGUGGACAAUAUCAAAAUAGCGUUCGCUGAAGGAUAUUUGGCAGCUGCAAACUCUGAAGAAUCGCCAAAAUCAGGGAAAACUAUGAAAUAUCUUAAAGUAUUCCAACAACUCUUGGUGAUUGUUGUCUUCAUUGGUAUUUUUUUAAGCUUAUUUUCGUCAUCCAACGGAUCUAUGUUCAGUAGAAUACAAUUGGGUAAUCAAGUAGAAGUCGAUCCUGAAGAGAUCCAUGUAACAUUCGAUGAUGUAAAAGGCUGUGAUGAAGCUAAACAAGAAUUAAAAGAGGUCGUAGAGUUUCUAAAAAGUCCCGAAAAAUUUUCUAAUCUUGGUGGUAAACUACCGAAAGGUGUUUUACUGGUGGGACCUCCAGGCACCGGAAAAACUUUGCUUGCACGAGCUGUUGCUGGCGAAGCGAAUGUUCCAUUCUUCCAUGCCGCUGGUCCGGAAUUUGACGAGGUACUGGUGGGUCAGGGUGCAAGGCGAGUGCGUGACCUGUUUAAGGCGGCGAAACAGAGGGCACCUUGUGUUAUUUUUAUUGACGAAAUCGAUUCAGUUGGAGCAAAACGAACAAAUUCAGUAUUGCAUCCAUAUGCGAACCAGACGAUUAAUCAAUUAUUGGCUGAAAUGGACGGCUUUCAUCAGAAUACUGGUGUAAUCGUACUAGGUGCUACAAACAGACGCGAUGAUCUAGAUCAAGCAUUGCUACGACCAGGUCGUUUUGACGUCGAGGUUGUGGUUUCCACGCCGGAUUUUACUGGCCGAAAAGAGAUACUUUCAUUGUAUUUGACAAAAAUUCUUCACGAUGAAAUUGACUUAGACAUGUUGGCCAGAGGUACAUCAGGGUUUACAGGAGCAGACUUGGAGAACAUGAUCAAUCAAGCUGCUUUGAGGGCCGCUAUCGAUGGCGCCGAAACCGUUACGAUGAAGCAUUUAGAAAGUGCGCGAGAUAAAGUUCUCAUGGGUCCCGAAAGAAAAGCUCGCCUUCCGGACGAAGAAGCAAAUCUCAUAACAGCCUACCAUGAAGGUGGGCAUGCCAUUGUCGCUUAUUAUACCAAGGAGUCACAUCCGUUACAUAAAGUUACAAUUAUGCCACGCGGUCCUUCCCUGGGACACACUGCUUAUAUACCUGAAAAAGAACGAUAUCAUGUGACCAAAGCACAGCUCUUAGCUAUGAUGGAUACAAUGAUGGGUGGACGUGCUGCCGAGGAGUUAAUAUUUGGCACAGAGAAAAUCACAUCAGGCGCGAGUAGUGACUUAAAACAAGCUACGUCCAUAGCUACUCAUAUGGUGAAGGAUUGGGGUAUGUCAGAGAGAGUGGGUCUUCGUACAUUCGACAAUUCGAAAGGACUUGUUGCAGCAGAAUCUCUGGGUCCAAACACAGUGGAAAUUGUUGACGCUGAAAUAAAGCGCAUUUUGAAUGAAAGCUACGAACGCGCAAAAGCGAUAUUAAAAAAACACACCAAAGAGCAUAAGGCUCUUGCUGAAGCGUUACUGAAGUAUGAAACUCUUGACGCAGAAGACAUAAAGGCUAUAAUGAAUGAUUCGCGUUAGCUGGGAAAGGUAUAGAUAUAUUACGAAGUAACAUAUUCGGUAAACAUUUUAAUAAAUAACGGUAAAUAAAGACUUAUGCUUUUAAGCCAGAAACAAAAAAAUAUUAAA